AUGUCAACAACAGAGAACACAACAACUGCUAUCGUUCAUGAAGCCAUAAAUGAAGAAUAUGAGUACAUACAGUAUAACAAACAACUCCGUCUCAUUCGUUCGGUCAAAGACGAUAUGUACCAAAUGCAAAGUAUUUUGACAGCAUGUUUUGCACCAGAUACUAAGCUUCCUAAAGACUGGUUUAGGAACCAAAGCACACAAGAACUUUUGAGCGAAGCACAGCGAGACAUACUUUUUUCUGAAAACAGUGAAGAACAGCGAGUAGGUAAAAAAACCCAGUCGCCAAAACUCUAUGAAAAUCGUGA